UUAUUACUGUUCUAUUUCUUGUUAAAUAAGCUUACGUUGUUGCCGUCGUUCUCACCAUCACGUUUGUGAUGAAGAAUUCGGUCUAAGCGGUGAGGAAAAGUGGAAUUUAAUCACAUCUCUCCAAAGUGUACACAACAUGCCUACCCCAACGCCAUCAGGUGUGUUUUGAAGUGGCAGUGAAGCUUAUCGACCCGACGAACGCACAAGGAAAGCCGCCCGCAAACGAAUCCACACCAUUUGCCAACCGUCUAAUGGUAAUCCAUGCGUGAAAACCAUUUACUUCAGCUGGCGGUGGCGAACAGUUGCAGCUGGUGGAAAGAUCCGCUAAAGGGUAACGCAUUUACGCAUAACGCAAGCGGAUGAGCAUCUACAUCAGCGAAGUGAACAACAUUUAGCCCCUAUGCAUACUAGUGUGCAAGCGUACGCUCAAGAACGCGAGUCCAAAACCACCCUUUCCUUGAAAGCAACGCAAAAGAGAAGGAACGAAAUCGAAUCGCGAAGAAAAUCCCGCUGACCUACAAACGAAAAAGAAAAACAACAGCAGUACGUCUUGUUACUGGUGGCCGAUUCCGUUUCGCCUUGAGCAGCGAAGUGAACCGUUCCCGUAAGAAAUUGGUGAUUGUGUGUGUAUAUGUGUUUAAGCAAGUGCAAUUCGUUUUGUUCUUCAUGCCACCCUAUACACGACCCGCGAACAUAGCUGGCGCGUGACAUCAUCGAUAGUGAUUCGUCGGCGAAAAUAAACAUUCGCUCUCAUCCGAAACAACCUACCCUACUCUACCCAGAGCCAAGGUUAAAAGUGUGUCCAGUUGGCCCCGUAAUGAGCCGUAAUAGAUUUGUCUGCCACCACCUACUACGUCUUCUGAGUCAUCGGUAAAUUUGGAACGCUACAGGACGCUCCCGUUGCUUCUAUAGCAACCAGCAAAACAUCAACAACGCACUCGGCAUUUUUGGGUACUUCGAAGGCUUGCUACCAGCAGCACAACAAAACGGCAAAACACUGCUCGCAUCUCGGUGGAUUAUGAGUGCGAGCCGCUUUCCAAAGUUCCUCAAACCGGAUGACGAAUCGUUUGCAUCGGAACGCGACGCGGCACCAGCGGAUGAUCACGUAACGUCGUUCGUCUUCAACGCCCACCAGUCGCUUAAUCUUGCAGCUCAGCGCGAACGUCUACCGAUACGUCAGUACCGUGACCAGAUUCUGUACUGUCUCGAGCACUAUCAAACGCUCGUGCUGGUCGGUGAAACCGGAUCCGGGAAAAGCACACAAGUACCGCAGUACCUGUACGAGUUUGGAUGGCAUACGAAGGGAUUGAUCGGUAUUACCGAACCCCGCCGCAUAUCGGCCAUUACCCUUGCCGACCGUGUCGCCACGGAACGGGGUGAACUGUGCGGCGAGUCGGUCGGUGUGUCGAUCCGCUUCAUCUCAAAAUGUGAUCCCGAGCAGACGAAAAUCAAGUACAUGACCGAGGGUAUCCUGCUGCGGGAGAUGUUGGCCGACCCGUUGCUGACGCAGUAUGCCGUUAUCAUGGUAGACGAAGCGCACGAACGGAACACGCUAACCGAUACCGCGCUGGGACUGUUGAAAAAGAUUGCCCGGAAGCGUUCCGGUCUGAAGAUCAUCAUUUCAUCGGCCACCGUAGAUGCGGAGUUGUUUCGCGAUUUCUUUAACCUCAAGCCGAAAGCGGGCAAGGAUACGGCCGUGAUACUUACGGUGGAGGGUCGUAUGUAUCCGCAGGACAUUUUCUACCUGCAGGAACCGUGUCCGGAUUAUGUGAAGGAAACGGUUAACACGGUCAUGAAGAUUCAUCGCACCGAACCGAAGGGUGACGUGUUGGCGUUUCUUACCGGGCAGGAGGAGGUACUGCGAGCGGUAGACUUACUGAAGGAGCAUCUAGAGAUGGGUGGCAAGGAAGACAUGCAAAUACUGCCAAUGUACGGUACGCUGGCAAACGCGGACCAGCUGAAGGUGUUCUUUACCGCGCCGAAGGGUGUCCGGAAGAUUGUACUGGCGACGAACAUCGCAGAAACGUCCGUUACUAUUCCGGGAAUUGUGUAUGUCAUCGAUUGUGGAUACGUGAAGCUGAAAUGGUAUUCGGCAGAUAGCACCACGGACAGUUUGGUAGUCGUACCAGUAAGCAAAGCGGCCGCAGAACAGCGUGCUGGACGAGCCGGACGUAUCCGGAGCGGAAAGGUGUAUCGCCUGUACACGGAGGACGCGUGGGAAAAGCUGCCAGAGCAUACGCCACCGGAAAUGCGCCGGUCGGAUCUAUGCAGCACGGUGUUAUUCCUGAAAGCGCUCGGCAUAGACAACAUCCUGCGCUUUACAUUUCCUUCAGCGCCUCCUGCCAAGAAUUUGCUCGCAUGUCUGGAAACGCUGUACGCUCUGGAAGCCCUCGAUGUGGACGGAUCGCUAACGUCCCCGGUAGGAUACUUUCUCGCGGAAAUGUCCAUACCACCGAUGAUGGCCAAGAUGCUAUUUAAGGCUGGUGAAAUGGGUUGCUCCGAGGAAAUUCUCAUCAUUAUUGCAAUGCUGCAGGUGCAGUCCGUGUUUUCAAAGCCGGCCGGUGGACAGGCCGCGAUAAGAGGACGCAUUGCCAAGCGCAACUUCGAGGUGGCCGAGGGUGAUCUGAUCACACUGCUGAACGUGUACUGUGCCUUCGUGGAAGCGGGACGAACGAAAGAAUUUUGUGGUCGCAACUUUCUCAUCUACCGUAACCUGAAACGGGCACACGAAAUCAAAACCCAGCUGGCGGGAAUGUUGGAACGGGAGCUAAACAUUCCGCUGCGAUCGUGCCAUGGCAAUGUGGAAACGAUUUGCCGAUGCGUCGUGGCUGGCUUUUUCCCGUACGCUGCCUAUCUGCACCAUUCGGGUGUGUACAGGACGGUCCGUGGUAAUACCGAAUUAAGCAUCCAUCCGCUGUCCGCACUGUACACUGAACAGCAACCCCAGUGGGUUGUGUUCUGCGAAUUGAUUCACACAACCAAGCUGUUCAUGAAGGAUAUCACCGUAAUCCAGCAGCAUUGGCUCACCGAAAUAGCGCCACACUACUAUCACAAAGUUACUGUGCGCGAUCAUAUCUAA